AUGUUGCCCCGCCACUUCCUCGCAGCUGGGACUCUGCUGGUUUCCUUAGCGGUCGUUUUAGCGCAUCCUCCCUCUGAACAUCCCACGCCUUUCGAAAGCCUCAACACCCGAGAGACUUCUUGUUCAGGCCCUGUCGAAAGCAGUCCGAAAACUUGGUGGAGAGCUGCCAUCCAAUACAACGGGACGACACCCACGGCUGUGGAUGAGACCUUUCAGUACUAUCGAACUGUCAUUCAGUAUGGCGCGGACAACACUGGUGUUGAGAAUGCAACCGAGGGUUUCAAUUUUGCUAUUAAUGCUUGGAAUCGGACUGCCAAUACCGUCACGACACUGCCAGCUUAUGUUUAUGUCCCGCCAGGCAAAUACCGAAUCAAAGCCUCGAUUCAGAUGCUCGUAUCGACUUAUCUGAUUGGUGACCCUCUUGAUCCCCCUACGCUCAUCGCUGACCCUGCGUUGGGUUUCGAUCCGGUCAUCAAUGGUUAUGACACGCACCAAGGGAAUGGAUCUGCUACCAAGAACUUCUACAUGUCCAUUCGGAAUAUCAUCAUUGAUACCUCGGAGAUAAGUACAGACACGGGUAUCACCGCCAUCGAUUGGUCCGUCUCGCAGGGCUGCUCCAUGAAUAAUGUGCAGAUCAAGAUGCCCCAGGACUCGAAACAUCUGGGAAUCACCAUGAAGCGCGGUGGCUCUGGCAUCAUCAUUGCAGAUUGUAGCUUCACAGGAGGUGCCAUCGGGAUCCUCCUUAAGAACCAGCAGUAUGAGUUAAAAGGCCUCAGUUUCAACGGCUGCAACACUGGCAUCAAGAUCGACACCGUCUGGGUUGCCACCUUCCAGGACAUCACGUUUGCCAAUUGCAAGUAUGGCAUCGACAUGUCGGGCAAUGCCACCGGAGCGGUAUCGUUAGUGGAUUCUUCCAUUAACAACUGCGAAGCUGGAGUAAAUGCCUAUGUCUCGGGCACUGGACAGGGGUCGCUUACUAUUGACAACUUUCAGACUGACGGUGGGACAACAGCCGUCAAGUCAUCUGAAGGAAACACGUUGCUACAGGACUCGGUCCCGGCUGGCCAGACUUGGGUGAUGGGCAACGAGAACCCCCAGAACUACCAGAGCGGCAAAUUAUAUGAGAUUGAUCGGCCGAGUGCGCUGCUUUCGGAUGACAAAUACUUCACAAUGCCCGCGCCGCAGUACGAGAAAUACGAGAUCAGUCAGGUUGUUAGUCUCACCAACGAUUCAGAGUAUCCUGUAUUUGGAGACAACUCACACAAUGACGGACCCAAUAUCAAUGCGAUUCUAAAGAAGCAUGCCGGUUGCAAGAUCAUCUUGGUCCCACAAGGCAUUUACGUGACCGAGGAGACAAUCUACAUACCUCCAGGCACUCGCCUAGUCGGUGAACUCCUGAGUGUCUUUACCGGCAACGGGUCCACGUUCAAGAACGCAGAUGAUCCCAAACCAGUCGUCCAGGUAGGAAAACCAGGCGAAAAGGGGGUUGCCCAGAUCUUAGACAUUCUGGUCGAAGUAUCCGAUAUCCUGCCGGGCGCCAUCCUGAUGCAAGUUAACAUGGCUGGCACUAAACCCGGGGACGUUGGAGUCUGGAAUACAGUCCUCCGCGUCGGCGGAUCGAAGCACACCCUAGUAAACACGCAAUGCACAGACGCCGACACGUCGACGUGCAAAGCGGCCUUCGCACUCCUCCACGUCACCAACUCCGCCUCCUUGUACGCAGAGAACCUAUGGGGAUGGGUAGCCGACCACAGCCUCGAAGACGGCACGACGCAGAACAUUGCCGUUGGUCGGGGCGCCCUGAUUGAAAGCACACAGCCCACGUGGCUGGUCGGCACCUCAUUCGAGCACUGUGCACUGUACCAAUAUAACCUGAACAGGGCGUCAAAUGUAUACAUUGGCCUGCAGCAGACGGAGAGUCCGUAUUGGCAAGGCACUGGCCAGCCGAACUAUGCGCCUGCACCGUGGACACCUAAUACCACGUACGGCGACCCGACGUUUAGCAACUGCGCCGACCAAGAUGCAGAUGGCAACGGGCAGUGUUUCCGCGCCUGGGCACAUCACGCUGCGGGCAGCUCCGACAUCGUGAUCCAUGGGUCGGCGCUGUGGGUUUUCUUUAACGGGAUGAACGAUAACAAGUUCCAGGAUGCGAACUGUGACAAGUACGGAGGGAUCUGCCAACUCAAUAUGAUUUUUCUCAGCGAUGCCGUCUCGACGUUCAUGUACUCACUCGGCGGCAAGUCGACAACCAAUCUGGUCUAUGACACGACGGGUGGCGAUAUCAACGUUGCCGCCAUGGACGAUAAUGUGGGCGGUUGGGGAGCGGUUGUUGCGGCGUAUUUGAGGGACUUUGGCGUGGAGGGAGAUGAGUGA